AGACAGGGAGAAAAAAGAAAAGAAAAGAAAAAAAAGCGUCGCACUAUCUCCUCCUACUCCGCCUGUCAAAGCAGCGGAGCCACUUUACUUCACUCUCUCUAAACCACCACUUUCUCCUCCGCUAAAUCUUCCUCUCUUUACUUCGCUGUCAACAACACAGCCUCUUCGAUAAUCUUGUUUAAUCCUCAUUAAUUAACUAAAUUAAGUUAAAUUCAGUUAAUUCGUCGUCAGAUCUGAGCGAACCGCACCAGAUCCGACAAUCAAGAGACUUCAAAAUGGAGGAGGCGCUGGAACUGGCGCGCGCGAAGGACACGAAGGAGAGGAUGGCAGGAGUCGAGAGGCUACACCAACUUCUUGAAGCUUGUAGAAAGAGUUUGAGUUCGUCCGAAACGACGUCGCUUGUCGAUUGCUGCUUGGAUCUUUUGAAAGACAACAAUUUCAAGGUUUCUCAAGGUGCUUUACAGGCGUUGGCUUCUGCUGCUGUUUUGUCUGGUGACUACUUUAAGUUGCAUUUCAAUGCGCUUGUUCCUGCUGUUGUUGAACGCCUAGGUGACGGUAAACAGCCCGUUCGUGACGCCGCUCGACGCCUCUUGCUCACUCUUAUGGAGGUUUCGUCGCCUACAAUCAUUGUUGAAAGAGCUGGCUCGUUUGCCUGGACGCACAGAAGCUGGAGAGUUCGGGAAGAGUUUGCUCGAACAGUAACAUCUGCAAUUAAUCUUUUUGCAUCUACUGAGCUUCCUCUUCAGCGGGCUAUUCUACCUCCUAUUUUGCAGAUGUUGAAUGACCCGAAUCCUGGUGUUAGGGAAGCAGCUAUAUUAUGCAUCGAGGAGAUGUACUCACAGGCUGGGCCCCAAUUCCGUGACGAGCUUCAUCGCCAUCAUCUUCCUAAUUCCAUGAUGAAAGAUAUCAAUGCCAGACUAGAGAGGAUUGAACCACAAGUACGCCCUUCAGAUGGACUUGGCGGUAACUUUGCUCCUGUUGAGAUGAAGCCCACAAGCCUUCAUCCCAAGAAAAGCAGUCCAAAAGCCAAAAGUUCCACGAGGGAGAUAUCUCUUUUUGGAGCGGAGAGUGAUGUCACAGAGAAACCCAUAGAGCCAAUUAAAGUUUACUCAGAAAAGGAGCUAAUUAGGGAAUUUGAGAAGAUUGCGGCUACCCUUGUUCCAGAAAAGGAUUGGACUAUCCGCAUAGCUGCCAUGCAGAGAGUUGAAGGCCUUGUUUUGGGAGGUGCUACUGAUUACCCAUGUUUUCGGGGGCUUCUGAAGCAAUUUGUUGGCCCUCUAAACACACAGUUAUCUGAUCGAAGGUCUAGCGUAGUGAAGCAGGCUUGCCAUCUAUUAUGCUUUUUAUCGAAGGAUCUGUUGGGAGAUUUUGAGGCAUGUGCCGAGAUGUUCAUUCCUGCCCUUUUCAAGCUCGUUGUGAUUACUGUACUUGUAAUUGCAGAAUCUGCAGAUAACUGCAUAAAAACGAUGUUGCGUAACUGUAAAGUUGCUCGUGUGCUUCCUCGCAUAGCUGAUUGUGCGAAGAAUGACCGCGCUGCAGUACUCCGUGCAAGAUGUUGCGAAUAUGCACUAUUGAUACUUGAACAUUGGCCCGAUGCUCCUGAAAUACAGCGAUCUGCUGAUCUCUAUGAAGAUCUGAUAAGAUGUUGUGUUGCAGAUGCAAUGAGCGAGGUGCGCUCAACUGCAAGGAUGUGCUACAGAAUGUUUGCAAAAACUUGGCCAGAGCGUUCCCGUCGUUUAUUUAUGUCCUUUGAUCCUGUUAUUCAACGGAUUGUUAACGAAGAGGAUGGAGGCUUGCACAGGAGGCAUGCAUCUCCUUCCAUCCGUGAUAGAAGUGCUCAAACAUCAUUUACCCCUCAGGCAUCUGCGGCUUCACAUGUACCUGGAUAUGGAACUUCUGCUAUUGUUGCAAUGGAUAGAACUUCAAGUUUAUCCUCUGGGACAUCUCUGUCUUCUGGUCUUUUGCUCUCACAAGCAAAGUCCCUUGGUAAAGGUACUGAACGUAGUCUGGAAAGUGUGUUGCACGCUAGUAAGCAGAAGGUCACUGCAAUUGAAAGCAUGCUUAGAGGUUUGGAAUUAUCCGACAAACAAAAUCCUUCAGCUCUCCGUUCAUCAAGUUUGGAUCUAGGAGUUGACCCUCCAUCAUCUCGUGAUCCACCAUUCCCUGCAUCCGUUCCAGCCUCUAAUCAUCUCACAAACUCUUUGACAGCAGAAUCAACUGCUUCUGGUAUUGGUAAAGGCAAUAACCGCAAUGGUGGCUUGGUCUUGUCUGAUAUUAUUACCCAAAUUCAAGCUUCCAAAGAUUCUGCUAAGCUAUCAUAUCGGAAUAAUAUGUCAGCCGAGUCUUUGCCAACAUUUUCAUCAUAUUCAACAAAGAGGAUUUCUGAAAGAGGUUCAGUUGAAGAGGACAAUGACAUUAGGGAACCUAGGCGAUUUGCGAACCCACAUGUAGACAGACAGUAUAUGGACACGCCUUACAAAGAUUUAAACUACAGGGAUUCACAUAGCAGUCACAUCCCCAACUUCCAGAGACCACUUUUGAGAAAGCAUGUGGCUGGACGAAUGUCUGCAGGCAGGCGAAAGAGUUUCGAUGAUAGUCAACUCUCACUUGGAGAGGUGUCAAGUUAUGUAGAAGGUCCAGCAUCUCUCAGCGACGCAUUGAGUGAGGGACUUAGUCCAAGUUCUGACUGGAAUGCUAGGGUUGCUGCUUUCAAUUACCUCCAUUCUUUGCUGCAGCAAGGCCCAAAAGGUGUUCAAGAAGUAAUUCAGAAUUUUGAGAAGGUAAUGAAGUUGUUUUUCCAGCAUCUGGAUGAUCCGCAUCAUAAAGUUGCACAAGCAGCUCUCUCGACACUUGCAGAUAUUAUUCCAUCUUGCCGAAAGCCAUUUGAGAGUUACAUGGAACGGAUCUUACCCCAUGUUUUCUCCCGAUUAAUUGACCCCAAGGAGCUAGUCAGGCAACCUUGCUCCACAACUUUGGAAAUUGUCAGCAAAACUUAUGGGGUUGAUAUUCUUUUACCAGCAUUGCUCCGUUCACUAGAUGAGCAGAGGUCACCAAAAGCCAAAUUGGCUGUUAUUGAGUUUGCCCUCAGUUCAUUUAACAAGCAUGCAAUGAACUCUGAAGGCUCUGGGAAUACUGGCAUUUUGAAGUUAUGGCUUGCUAAGCUGACACCGUUAGUACAUGAUAAAAAUACUAAGCUCAAGGAAGCUGCUAUUACAUGCAUUAUAUCGGUCUAUUCACACUUUGAUUCCAUAGCUGUCCUCAAUUUCAUUCUUAGUUUAUCGGUUGAAGAACAAAAUUCCUUGCGACGAGCCCUUAAACAGUACACUCCUCGUAUUGAAGUGGACCUAAUGAACUUUGUGCAGAGCAAGAAAGAGCGACAGCGAUCUAAGUCCUCUUACGACCCAUCUGAUGUUGUUGGAACAUCAUCAGAAGAAGGAUAUGUUGGUGCAUCAAAGAAGAGUCACUAUUUUGGAAGGUAUUCUGGUGGUUCUGUUGAUAGUGAUGGCGGCAGGAAGUGGAAUUCUACCCAAGAAUCAACCCUGAUAUCGGGAAGUAUUGGCCAAGCAGCUCCUGAUGAAACUCAGGAGAACUUGUAUCAGAAUUUUGAGACUAGUUCUAAUACUGAUGUCUAUAGUUCAAAAAAUAGGGAUUCGAAUUAUGUGGUUGGUUCUACCGGUCUGAACUUGGGAUCCCGGCCUGGCCGGCUGGAAAACAUGGACAAUGGCCUUAACUUUGAAGGGCUGUUGACCCCAGGUAUGGACAUUAAUGGAUUGAUGAGUUCUGAACCUCUGCGUGCUGCUGAAGGCUAUGGGCAUGACAAUAAUGUUCUUUCUGAGUUGGACCUUAAUAAUCAUAAACCUGCAGCUGUGAAGAUUAAUUCUUUGGCUGACACCGGUCCUAGCAUUCCUCAAAUUCUUCAUCUGAUAUGCAAUGGUAAUGAUGAAAGCCCUACCUCAAGUAAGCGUGGUGCACUUCAGCAGUUAAUUGAAGCUUCUAUGGCUAACGAUCCCUCUGUUUGGUCCAAAUACUUCAAUCAAAUUUUAACGGCUGUACUGGAGGUGUUGGAUGAUUCUGAUUCAUCAAUCCGAGAACUUACUCUUUCACUGAUUGUGGAAAUGCUAAAAAAUCAGAAAGAUGCCAUGGAAGAUUCUAUUGAGAUUGCUAUUGAGAAGCUGCUUCAUGUUACAGAGGAUAUUGUUCCAAAAGUUUCCAAUGAAGCCGAGCACUGCUUGACUGUUGCAUUGUCUCAGUAUGAUCCAUUCAGAUGCUUAAGUGUAAUUGUCCCUUUAUUGGUUACUGAAGAUGAGAAAACUCUUGUAACCUGCAUAAACUGUUUAACUAAGCUUGUGGGUCGUCUUUCACAAGAGGAGCUGAUGGUCCAGUUACCAUCAUUUUUGCCUGCACUUUUUGAAGCUUUUGGAAACCAGAGUGCUGAUGUUCGCAAGACUGUGGUUUUCUGUCUGGUGGAUAUAUAUAUCAUGCUUGGAAAAGCAUUUUUGCCGCACCUGGAAGGGCUUAACAGUACACAGCUGCGUUUGGUGACCAUUUAUGCUAAUCGGAUAUCACAGGCAAGAACAGGUACUGCAAUAGAUGCUAGCCAUGAUUAGUUUGGUUUCGUCUAGGAAGGAAUUGUUGGUUUGUGGUGCUGGUUAAUUCAUUGUUGUGUAUUUUGUAUAUCUGUGAGAAUGCGUUGUGAGAGUGAUUAUCUUCUUUUCCGUUCUCAUUUUCUUUUUGAUCCCUCGGUAUAUUGAUUUCCCGUUUCUUUUGUGUGCGUGUAAACCCUCGUGUUUGUUUGGUUUGGAUGGAGGGAAGAGUGCUUCAGUGGGAAAGAAAAAUUGAUUGUAUUAUUUUGCAAAUAUUUUGUAAUCACUAUUUUGGGAAGAGUAUUAGUGAUAUGAAAGAAAUUUUUUAUC